GUUCGAAGAAUGACUAGUUCACCUCAUAGAGAAGAGAUACUGUCUUCAUCUCUGGAGGCUUUUAAGAAAAUUCAAAAAGAAAGAGCUAACAUGCUUGCAGCUAAUAAUGGGAAAAAUCUGGUGCUUGAAUGUUCUAAUCGCCAACAUGUGUCUGAUGGUAAUGUGAGGAAGUCAGCAGGUAAAAAGGAUAUGACACUCAAUGCUAGAUAUUGAAUAAUAAAAUCAAGGAAACAAAGUGGAGGUUCAGUUUUCUCUCAGAGUAGUUUGAAUGGUGAGAAGCGGAAUGUUGAAUUGGGCAGGUCCGAUAAAGUAAACUUUGUGCAAAAUGGUCAUGACCAUCCACAUAACUCAUCCUCAUCCUACGGUAUACCCUGGUUGCCUCUUAGAGAUUCUGCUGCUGCCUCUGUUGCUGGAAAGUGCAAAAGGGAGAAUACCAUUGAGAAAAACCUUAAGUCCACUGAUCCCCCUUGGAAGCAUAUUGCUCCUUCUGAAAAAGAUAAGGAAAAGAGAAAUUCUAGUUCAUGGAAAUCAAUGGAUGCAUGGAAGGAGAAGAGGAAUUGGGAGGACAUACUUUCAUCUCCUUUCCGCGUCUCAUCCCUCUUAUCACAUUCACCAGGUAUGGGCAGAAAAAGUGCUGAGCGUGCACGCAUUUUGCAUGAUAAACUUAUGUUUCCUGAGAAGAAGAAGAAGAAGAAGAAAACUGCUUUGGAUUUGAAAAAGGAAGCAGAAGAAAAGCAUGCUUGGGCUAUGAGGAUCAGAAGUGAGCUGGAGAAUGAAAGAGUUCAAAAGCUUCAGCGUGCCUCUGAAAAAACAAAUCGAGUAAAAGAGUGGCAGGCUGUACACACUAUGAAGUUACGGGAGGGAAUAUAUGCUCACCACCAGCGUAGUGAAUCUCGACAUGAAGCUUUUCUAGCUCAAGUUGUCAGGAGAGCUGGUGAUGAAAGCAGUAAAGUUAAAGAGGUUCGUUUUAUUACUUACUUGAAUGAAGAAAAUAAGAAGCUUAUGUUGCACCAGAAACUUCAUGAUUCUGAAUUGAGGAGAGCUGAAAAACUUCAAGGGAUAAAAAAUAAAAAAUAAAAAGAAGAUAUGGCUAGAAAGGAAGCUGUUUUAGAACGAAGAAAACUUAUUGAAGCUGAAAAGUUGCAACGGGUUGCUGAGACACAGCGGGAAAAGGAAGAGGCUCAAGUUAGAAGAGAAGAGGAAUGCAAAUCAUCAAGUGCAGCACUUGAAGCAAGAGCCGUUGAACAGCUUCGGAGGAGGGAGGAACGUGCCAAUGCCCAGCAAGAAGAAGCUGAACUGUUGGCACAGAAAUUAGCUGAGAGACUUAGUGAGAGGGAACAUCGUUGCAAGUUUUACCUGGAACAGAUAUGGGAGAGAGCAUAUAUGGAUUUCAGGGAUCAGUCUCCUCCUUUAUUGUGCAGAUCCAUGAACAAGGAAGGCCAAGGCCGAUCUACACCAACUAACAGUGGUGAAGUGUAUCAAGAAAACAGUGUUGCAGGUGCAGGAGGUUCUACUUCUACUCUUGCUACAGGAAAUGUCACAUUGCAGCAUUCAUUGAAGUGACAGAUUAAGAAGUUUUGGCAAAGACUUAUGGCUCUGAAGUAUGAAUUUCCUGAGCCCCCAUUUGGUUCUCAAAAUACAGGUAUUGGUAUACAACUGCAGUGGCAACUGCAAGAGCAAAACUUGGGAGGUGGCUUCAAGAACUCCAAAAACUUUGACAGGCAAGAAAAGAAGGGGCUGCAAGCAUAGGCCUAAUUACUGCUGAAAUGAUCAAGUUUUUGGAGGAAAAGGAGCCUGAGCUGCAGGCUUCUCGGCAAGCGGGUCUGCUUAAUUUUAUUGCUUCUGCUCUUCCUGCUUCUCAUACAUCAAAACCUGAAGUUUGCCAGGUUAUGAUACACCUUAUAAAAUUUUUGCAAGUAGUCCUAUCUGUACCUGCAAACAGGAGUUAUUUUCUAGCACAGAAUCUUUUACCCCCAAUAAUCCCCAUGCUUUCUACAGCUUUUGAGAACUAUAUAAAGAUUGCUGCUUCUUUAAAUGGCCCUGGGAUUAGCAAUCUGCCAUCAAGCAAAACAUCAGUUGAAAAUUUUGAGUCAAUCUCUGAACUAUUGGAUAAUUUCUUAUGGAUUGUUGGAGCUGUUAUUGGUCACACAAGUUCUGAUGAACGGGAACUCCAAAUGCAAGGUGGCUUACUGGAACUAUUGAUUGCUUACCAGGUUGUUCAUUGGCUGCGAGAUCUUUUUGCACUUUAUGAGAGGCCUCCAGUGGAAGGAUCACCAUUUCCUUCUUCUAUUCUCUUAAGCAUACAUCUGUUGGUGGUUUUAACAUACAGACCCAAAACCUAUUGUUCCAUCGACUGGGAAUCUUCUCCAAUAGAAACAGUUCUAGGAUUUGACAAUCAAGAAGCCAAACCAGCAGAGAUUGCCGUUUUUGAGCAUUCUUCUGCAAAUAUGACCUUCAAAGAAUGCAGAACUCUGCUAUCUGUAUUAAAUGGUAGCGCGCUUGUCUCUUCUCCAGAUGUAUCGGAGGAUAGACCAUUACAUGAAUCAUGUAGUAUAAAUAAAAGUGAAGAUUCAUUAUCCAUUGGUAAAGAUGGUGGAAAAAAGUCAACUUAUAGUUCAGCAGAGUUGAAUUAUGCCAAUAUUAACUCGAGAGAUGUUCCAGAUGAAUCCGAAAAAAUUCUCAUCGAGGAGAAGGAUGGAAAACACCUGGUCAAUGUUGGUGUGGAGCAAAAGAAAAAUAACAUGAGCAUAAAGCCACCAGCAUCUUUUCUUCUUUCUGCCAUAUCAGAAACUGGACUAGUCAGUCUUCCCUCUUUGCUGACAGCCGUGCUAUUGCAGGCAAACAAUAGAUUGUCCUCUGAGCAGGUUGGGUUGCUUCUGCAUGAAUCUCUUUUGCUUCUUGGUUAUUUUGCCCUGUUCUGCCCUGAAAAUCAAGCUGUUCUUCGGUGGGGAAAGAGUCCUACAAUACUUCACAAGGUAUACGAUCUGCCAUUUGUGUUUUUCAGUGAUCCUGAGUUGAUGUCGGUUUUGGGUGGCAUGCUGGUUGCUGCCUGCUAUGGGUGUGAGCAGAACAGGUCUGUGGUUCUGCAAGAAUUGAGCAUGGAUAUGAUACUUUCCUUGUUAACUUCUUGCAAAAGUGUUUCACAGGCAGUUGGAGCCAAUCAAACUAUGGAGAAUUUGCCAAUUAAGGAUUCUGGCGAAAGUAAUAGGCAGAAUUCUGAACUUAAAAAGUCUCAUGGAGAUAUUCCUUCGAGAUCCAACCGUUACAACACCAAAAGCACUAGGGUUUCUUUGGGGAAAGCUACUGUUUUAGGAAAUGGUGUCAAAAGUGGCAAGAUGAGAAGCCAUAGAGAUAGCAAAGCAACAAAAAUUGGUGAAGAAAUGGCUUUGAAGCAUAGUCCACUGGCUCCUGAAACUUCUUUGAUGUUGCAUUCUAGGUUCCCUAGUAGCUUCCUCGACAGAGUAGAGCAGUUCUUUUCAGCAGGGAUCGCCAGCAUGGGUGAAGUUUGAUUCAACCUUGGCAUAAUCCUUGAUCUUUAUUAUAUAGGUUUUGCUACACAUGCUAUGCUUUGAAGGAAAUAAUCACUCUUAAAUUCAUCAGAGGGAUUUUCUGAAUUGUAGCAGAAUAAUUAACAGACAAAGGUCAUAAAUGGGAAAGUUACUAAAGUUACUAAUUCA